AUGACCUUCACCUUCACAGCCUUGCUCUGUCUGGGACUGACUCUGGGCCUGGGGACCCCAGUGCUGGCAGGGACUCUCCCUAAGCCUAUCCUCAGAGCACAGCCAGACUCUAUGGUCUCUGAGAAUAUGACAGUGACCUUCUUGUGUGAGGGGACCACAGAAGCCAAAGAGUACAGUCUCUACAAAGAUGGGCACAAAUAUUUAAGACACACAGAGAUUCCACAGACUUCUGAGGACAAGGCGGAAUUCUCAAUCUCAAAAAUAGACCACAAACAUGCAGGACGAUUUCGCUGUCACUACAGGACCCGUGAUGGCUGGUCAGAGCUCAGUGACUCCCUGGAGCUGUUGGUGACAGCUGACUACAGUAAACCCAGUCUGUCAGCCAAGCCCAGUCCUGUGGUGAGUGAAAGAGGGAAUGUCACCCUGAACUGUAUUUCAAGGCAGCAAUACAGUAAGUUUAUUCUGGUUAAGGAAGGACCACAGAAGCUCUCCUGGACACAGGACUCACAGUAUAACUACUCUACUAGAGAAUUCCAGGCCCUGUUCUCUGUGGGCCCUGUGACUGCCAGCCAAAGGUGGACAUUCAGAUGCUACAGCUUUAAAAAGAACAGACCACAGGUGUGGUCAGAACCUAGUGAUCCCCUGGAGCUCCUGGUCUCAGCUGGGACCCUCCACAAACCCACCAUCCAGGUGGAGCCAGGCUCUGUGGUCACUUACAGAAGUGCCGUGAGCAUCUGGUGUCAGGGGAACAUAAAUACAGAAAUAUGUGUUCUACAUAAAGAAGAAAGCAAAAAACCCUGGGGCAUACAGCCCCCAGAGGUGCCUGGGAACAAGGCCAAGUUCUCCAUCCCUUCUGUGACACAGCAACAUGGGGGACGAUAUCACUGUUACUGUUACAACUCAGCUGGCUGGUCAGAGCACAGUGACACCCUAGAGAUUGUGGUGACAGGAAUCUACUACAAGAAACCCCACCUGACAGCUCUGCCUAGGCCUGUGAUACCCUCAGGAGGGAAUAUAACUCUCAAGUGUGUCUCAUGGGAGGGAUAUGACAAGCUCAUUCUCACCAAGGAAGAUCAGAAGUUCCUCAGCUCUAUGAACUCACAGUAUAUAUACAGUAUUAGGCAGUGGCAAGCCUAUUUCUUUAUAACUUCUCUGACCCAAGAUCAUAUACGGAAAUUCCGAUGUUAUGGUCACUACAAUGAUACCCCACAGUUAUGGUCAGUACCCAGUGACCACCUGAAAAUACACAUCUCAGGUCUGUCCAAGAAGCCCUCCUUUCUGACUCACCAAGGCCAUAUCCUGGACCCUGGGAAGAGCCUCAACCUGCAGUGUUGCUCUGACAUCAACUAUGACAGAUUUGCUCUAUACAAGGUAGGAGAAGACAAUCUGACCGAGCACUGGAACCAACAAACCAAGGCUGGUGUCUCCUUGUCCAACUUCACACUAGAUUAUGUGAGCAGCUCUACGGGAGGCCAAUACAGAUGCUAUGGCGCACACAACUUCUCCUCCGAGUGUUCAGCCUCCAGUGACCCCCUGGACAUCCUGAUCACAGGACAGCAUCCCUUCAGCCCUUCCCUCUCACUGAAGCCUAACUCCACAGUAUACUCUGGAGACAACGUGACCCUGCUGUGUCAGUCAACAUUCAAAGUGGACACUUUCAUUCUGUCCAAGGAGGGGGCAGACCACCAACCCCAGCGACUAAAGUCAACGUUCCAAGUUUGGGAGUUCCAGGCAGAAUUCUCCAUGAGUGCUGUGACUUCUGCCCUCUCAGGCACCUACAGGUGCUAUGGUUCUUGGGACUCAUCUUCCUACCUGUUGUCACAUGGCAGUGCCCCUGUGGAGCUCAUGGUCUCAGGCUCCAUUAGACCUUCUAGUGCACCACCCUCAAGGCCUAUGCCAACAGCUGCCUCAAAGGACCACACACUGGAGAAUCUCAUCAGGAUGGGGAUUGCUGUCAUGAUCCUCAUAGUCAUUGGAAUUCUCAUCUUUGAGGGUUGGUGGAGCCAGAGGCAGGCCAAACAUGUAGCUGGGAUGUAA